CUCGUAUAAGAAUACUAUUUUAAUCAUUUGUUGAUCAUUUACCUGUUACUAGUUGAUCUGAUAACUUGUUUAACUUUAUUAUAUUUAAGCGUUUAAUUAAAAUAUAGGUACCUACCUACAUAAGUUUUGUGUUUGUCUACAUAGGUGUUUGAAUAAAAUUAGCGCAAUGAGCUCCAGCACAGCACUCCUGGUGAUUUGCUCCUCGCUGCUCCUCGCUGGAUACGUCGUCGGCACCGACAGCAAAUUCAACGUGACAAUAGUGAAUGAUGAACCUCAAACACCAAUCUACUGCCCGUUGUUGGAUUCCUGCAGAUUCACACACUUAGCCUGCAAAUACAUCGCCUAUCUCCGCAAGCAACCUAUCACUCGCACCUAUAGUACUGACCUGGAAUCAGCUAAGCGGGAUUUGAAGUCUUCCAACUUGGAUGCGGUGCUUCACUUUAAUGAGAACUUCACGGAUACUUUUGUGGCUAAAAUGGCUUUAGGUGAGGACGCCGACACGGAGACAUUGCAGUCGUCUCAGCUGAAGGUGUGGACCGUGGCUGAGCCUGCAGACGCGCUGCGAGGUUACCUGCAGGCCGCCUUCGAUGAGUUCGUUGAGGAUAUCAAGAAACUGUGCGAUUUGUCAGAACGAACUGAUGAAUUUUCGUUCAAGGACCCUAUCGGGUACUAUUCGGUUUAAAAUUAUUUUUGUAAUAUCCAAUUUUUUUUACGAGUAUUUGCCAUCUAUAUCUAUAUUAAUAUUAUAAAUGCGAAAGCAUGUCUAUCUAUCACUUUUUCACAACUAAAUCGCUGAGUCGAUUUGGAUGAAAUUUGAUGUAGAGAUAAGUUGCACCUUAGAGCAGAACAUAGGCCUGAAUUUUUUUUUAUUAUAUUUAUUUAAAAAUAUAUACCGAAAAAAAACCCUCGGGAUUUGUAAAAAAUUUAAUUUAAGAAUUAUUAAAAGAAGUAAUAAAAAGAUAUAUUAAAACUAACAA